GACGUUUAGCCGCAGCGGGAAGCCCUGACCAAUAGCGGAGUCGAAGAAGUGGACGUGUUUCUAUUUAUUCUACUGUUUAAGGGCAGUCUGAGCUCUCCUGACGCAGUUCACCUUCCGCGCACAAUCUUGUCGUCAUAACUAAAUCUGCAAGAUGUCAAAGGAUAUCCCGCGUGAGCCAGAGCAGCUUCGAAAGCUGUUCAUCGGAGGAUUGAGUUUUGAGACUACAGACGAGAGCUUGCGGGCCCAUUUCGAACAAUGGGGCAGUCUGACGGAUUGUGUGGUCAUGAGAGACUCCGGCAGCAAGAGAUCCAGGGGUUUCGGCUUUGUUACCUACUCAUCAGUACAGGAGGUUGAUGCUGCAAUGUGUGCCCGCCCUCACAAGGUGGAUGGAAGAGUGGUUGAACCCAAGCGAGCGGUCUCCAGAGAGGAUUCCAUUCGACCAGGCGCGCAUGUAACUGUGAAGAAAAUAUUUGUCGGCGGCAUUAAAGAUGACACAGAGGAAUCGCAUUUGCGCGAUUACUUCCAGGAGUUUGGAAAAAUUGAGGUCAUUGAAAUAAUGAAUGAUCGUGUCACUGGUAAGAAGAGGGGCUUUGCCUUUGUCACUUUUGAUGACCACGACUCCGUCGACAGGAUCGUCAUUCAGAAAUAUCACACAAUUAACUGUCACAACUGUGAAGUCAGAAAGGCCCUCCCACGACAAGAUAUGCAGUCAGGAAUGGGCAUGAGAGGAGGAUUUUCAGGUGGUCGGAGCAGUAGCGGAAGGCCUUAUGACUAUGACCGAGGUUACAAUCAGGGUGGCAGGGGCAGAUAUGGAGACAGCCAUUACAAUUGCAAUGGAGGUGAUGGCGGCGGCGGUGGUGGUGGUGGUGGCUAUGGAGGUGGUCAUGGUGGAUAUAACAACAACAAUGGAGGCAGCCGUAGUUAUAACCAGGGCUACAGCCAGGGUGGUGGUGGUGGGGGAGGAGGUGGCGGCGGCGGAGGAGGAGGAUAUGGUGGAAAUGGCUAUGACAGCAACGGUUAUGGUAAAUAUGGCGGCGGUGGUGGUGGAGGCGGUGGUGGAAACUACAAUAAUAUGGGCCACUACGAUUCCCAGUCUUCUAACUUUGGCCCAAUGAAGAACAACUUUGGCAGCGGUGGUGGAGGCAGCAGCGGUGGUGGAGGCGGCAGGAGUUAUGGUGGCUAUGGGGGAAGCUCAAACAGCGGAUAUGGACGUCAAGGGCGAUUUUGAACUGACAAAGGGGACUGAGUACUUAGGAGAGGAAGUGACAGCAAGAGGAGAGGAAGUGACAGGGCAGCUGCAGGUUUACCUCCUAAAUCUGCUCAGCCAAACACUUGUGGCAGAUUACAGCUACUGCAAGAGAUGUACAAUAGCUAAACUGUUGAGGGUUUUCAUUUAAGCGUUCUUGUGUUUUUUCAUGUGUUUCUGGAAAGCAAGCAUUCCAAUGAGGGUUUUACGUAGAUUUUGUUUUGUCUUUAAUCUGGUUUUAUUUGUAACUGAAUCAACGUCAAGCUGAAUAAACAAAAAAAAACAUUUCUUAAUAA